AUGCUUUCUCGUUUCCCCUACGAGCUGUCUGCUGCUUAUGAUGCUUCCUCCCCCGAUGAGCUCGCACUGACAGCAGCAGCAAAACACCUGGGGGCUGAGUUUGUGUCUCGGCCAAACUUGAAUACAAUACAAGUGGCAAUACGAUCGGAGUUUGCUGCUGAGGCGCUGCUGAGUGCAGCAGACAGAGCAGCUGUACGUACACUCAAAGAUACGUAUCAGCGGCAGCAACUCCAGCAACUGCAGCAGCAAGAACUGCAGCAGCAGCAGCAGAAACAAGAAAUCGACAGGGAACACCACACGCAGCAGCAGCAGCAGCAGCAACAACACCAGCACCACGGGCAGCACCACAAGCAAAAGCAACAACAACAGCAGCAACAGCAGCAGCAGCAGCACAACCAAGAACACCAGCAACAACAGCGACAACAACAACAGCAGAAACAGCAGCAGCAGCAGCAGCAGCAGCAACAGCAAAAACAGCAGCAGGAAGAAGAAGUUGUUGCUGUUGUUAAUAUUGAAUUACUAGAAGUCUUAGAGUUCGAUAACUAUAGAAAGCGGAUGUCAGUGGUGGUGCGUGACCGCGACGGCCAGCUGCGGCUGCUGAUGAAGGGAGCAGAUACGAGUGUUUUUGCUGCUGCUGCAGCAGGACAGGAAGCAGCUAUUGCUGCAUGCAAACUGCAGCUAAGUGAAAUGGCGCAACGAGGACUCAGAACACUCGUCCUCGGUCAGCGCCUCCUCCUGCUGCUGCUGCUGAUGCUGCUGCUGCUGGUGAUGAUGAUGAUGGUGAUGAUGGUGGUGAUGAGGAUGGCGGAGCUGCUUGCAGCGAAGGAUCAAAUAGGAGAAAACCGCGAGGCAGCAAUUGCUGCGGUUUUCGCCCGUAUGGAGAGGAAUAUUGAAGUGCUGGGGUGUACAGGCAUCGAUGACAAGUAG